GUACGCGUUCGAAGGCACAGCGUCUGUCUCAUACUCUGGAAGUAAGGUGACUGUUGAAGUAGAUAUCUACUUUUGUUCGUGCAUUAUUUGUAUCGUUAGCUAACGGUCUUUCCUCACCGUGUAGCCACUAAACUUCUCCGGCAGUUCUGUCUUUCCACCAGUUUCGCCGGUUUUUCUUAUAAAAAUGCCUAUUCAGCUAACAAGUCAGGCGUACUGUAAAAUGCUUUUACAUGCUGCCAAGUAUCCUCACUGUGCCGUUAAUGGAUUGCUGGUGGCAGAAAAAACGAAGGAAAAAAAGAAAGACAGCCACAGUGAGCCAAUCUUGUGUGUGGACUGUGUUCCUCUGUUUCACGGUACUCUUGCUCUGGCACCAAUGCUAGAAGUAGCUUUGACACUGAUCGAUACUUGGUGUAAAGAAAAUAAUUACAUCAUUGCUGGAUAUUACCAAGCCAAUGAACGCACAAAGGAUUCAAGACCUAACCAAGUUGCAGAAAAAGUGGCUGCCAGGAUUUCUGAGAACUUCAGUGAAGCAGCAAUUGUCAUGGUGGACAGCAGUAGAUUAACCAUUAGCUGUUUUGAGCCCAUUGUGUUCAUCUAUGAUCAUCAUGAAAACAAGUGGAAAAGCAGAGACAUCACUACUGACUGUUUUGAGGACUGGAGUGAAGCACAGAGGAUCACGUCUGCUCUGUUAGAGGGCAGGUCCUAUGAGAAUUUGAUUGACUUCGACAAUCACUUGGAUGAUCUAAGGAACGACUGGACCAACCCUGUGAUUAACAAGUCCGUCCUGGAUCUGUGCUAAAACCCUCGGUCAGGAGUACCCCGGACACGCACACACAUAAACUGCUGCCCUUUCGGCAUGCAUGAUGCUACUUGUCGUGUAGCACAGAGGUGCAAAAAUGCUGAAUGCAUAGUUUUUGUUCCAUCAAAAGGCCACCCCAUACUCAUGGAAACUUGUGUAGCGCUGAGCAGUUAAGCCAAAAUCUGUCAAGGGCAAGCUCCAUAUGUGCACUACCGGCAUGUGUCCACCUUUACAAGGUGAAGCUGAGGUGGUAAAGGCAGAUAUGUAUUUUGAAUGCAAUUUAAGUGUUUGUUGUUUUUUUUUUGUCUGCUAUGGUUUGUGUUAAUUCGUAAUAGUGUGCAUUAAGUUAAAUUCUAGAGUAUUUGAUCUAUUUUUCCCCACUUAAAUCAGUCAGUAGCAAUACAGAGAUCAAGUCCUAAAUUAUUAACAAUGUCAGGUGAUGAUUGUACUGCUGAGAUAUGGUGUAAAUAUUUGGUCUUUGUAAAAUUCCUAGUUUGUUUUAAGGCCUUAAAAUAAAAUUCACACCUGCCUGUUGGCUUUUGAUUGCUGUUCUGGAAGGUUUGUUCAGAAAUACAACAUGCUGGAUCAAAUCACAGGAUUGUGUGAAUUUUGUUUCGGUUUUCAAGACAAGGCAAGAGUCUUUAUUUUUCCGUAAUACGACCACUCUAAAUUUGACUAUUUCAAUGAACGGUGUGCAGGACUCAGUGGCAUCUAGUGGUGAGGUUGCAGAUUGUAGCCAACUGAAUACAACUCUGUUGACCCCUCCUUUUUCAAGUGUUUAGGAGAACCUACAGUGGUCUUCGGGUAAUGUAAAGACACAAAGGGCCCCCUCGAGGGCCAUUGUUUGGUUUGCCUGUUCCGGGCUACUGUAGAUCCAUGGCAGUACAACAUGAAAAGUCUGUGAAAUAGGAUCCGCUUCCUUUGUAGAUAUUAAUGAAUAAUUCUAACGUAACAAAAAAAAAAGAAACAUCGAUGAAAACAAUAAUGAAAAUUAUAUACCUACCCCCCUAAAUCCUUCACACUGGUCCUUUCAUAAGUGAUGUUAAAAAAAAAUUAAACCCUUAAUAGGAGGGUACAGAACUAUCGUUGUAUUUGGGAUUUGAAUUGAUCAGUAAUGGCUAAUUGCUUAACUGUUUGGACAGAACAUUUUUUACCAAAAUUUUAUAAGCCGAAUGUACAAUGAAACCAACUUUUGAAAUUUUCCCUGUCUUUGUCAGACUCUUCAUUUAAUAAAUUGCUCAGUGUCUUA